ACUAGUAGAGGCACAAAAAUUUAUACAGAGUAGUGUAAAAAUGUUUCCACAGGUUGCAGAAUGAAGCGUUAUUUUGGCCGAAUUUAGUGGGGUUUUGGUGCAGUCAUUCUUGCAGUGGUAGAUAAAGACUUUGAAAAGAUGAUAUGAACAUUUAUAUACUGCCCUAUAACUGCAGAUCUCAGGGCGGUUCCUAGGAUAAAAUCAGAAACAUAAAACCACAAAAUACAUAAUCAAAAUAAAACAACAACCCAAUAAACACCCCCCCCUAUUUCAAGAGGGCAUAGGAUGUCAAUUAACCCAGCUAAAAAGAGUUAAAACAGUAAAAAACACUUUGUAACUGAGGAAAUGGUAAAAUGUGCAUCUUGGUGACUGGACAUGAGAGGCUCAGUAUGGCUGGCCUUGGAGUUAUUUCUUGCUAAGUGGCUUCACCCAUGCUAAAAUAGCACCUGUCCUCAUACUAGGUGGAGUUGUAAUUAGAAUGGAAUUUCUAAUAACUAUAGUAGCCAAAGCUUGCAAAGGAGCACAUUUUUAGCAUCCUAUGAUUAUCUAAAAACUCUCACAACACUUAUGUCUGUGUCAAAAUUACAGUGCAGGAGAGACAUGGUUCUGUAAAUGCUGAUGCAGAGAUCGGGUCUUGUGUGGUGUCUCUAACAAAUCCUUCCAAACCUUGACUGGAGUGUGUGAAAGAGCAGCUUAGUUCUUGGAUAACACACACCUCUCUGUCAAAGCACUCGUUGUAGGUCAACGAUAGACACUAGCAGCCAAGAGGAGGUGUGCUGCAAGUCAAGUAUGAGAGCCAUUUUAUACAUCCAGAAUUCUGUAGUGAAACGUUUAUUGAAUGCUACUGCUGCAGGCUGACGGUUAUAUGCUUGAUUGUACUUUGGAAUAUUUUGGGGGUGAGGGGUUAAGUUGAAGGAUUUCAUCACAGGUAGAAAUGUAACAUAGAGAAGGCGAAGUUGAACCAAGAACCAGCUCCCCUGCCAAAGUAGUCUCUGGUGGGCUUCCUUGGCUGGUUUAUGUACUUGUGCCAACUGUGCAGUGAUCUGGAGGAGGCAGUGAACUUCCCACCAUUUUAAUUACUCAUAGAGUCCUGGAGCAGUGUUGUGGGCAUCGUGAUAAUUAAAAGUCAGGCAGUGCCUGCUGUGUGGGGUGGGGAAAAGGACUGGCAUCAGUGGUGGGCCCUAACACUUGCCUGAGGAUGCUAGGUGCUAGAUCUGGCUCUGCAUUUCCUAAACCUGCUCGUUUAGAAAAUCCAAAUAUAUUUAUAGAUGGGAAAAUAUUCUUGCAUGGAUUAACCCACCUGCAAGCCUUACUGUUUAAGGUUCUGACAAAACUCCACUUCUUGAUUUUGCUGAAUGUAUAAAAUGGCCUUGGUAGGUGCUGCUGUAGAUCACUUGAGCUGUAGAUAAACAUACCAGUCAUAUCUGCCACUUGUACCGUGGCUUCUGCAGCUCAGUAAUGUGGCUAAAUUAUUGUUCUCAUGUAAAUCAACUAUCUUUUAAGUUCAUGGUGGCAGGGCAUUGGCUGUUUACAAUAAUUUUUGUUUUAAAGUCAUUUGUUUUUCACUGAAAAUCUCAUCAUAAAAAGAAGCAGGUGCCACUGAAGCUUCUUGAAAAAGAAAUACACACUUUGCUCUUUGUUUUGAAGAAGUUUUCUGAUGCCUUUCCAUAGAAUUGACAGCGUUCAAGGCUACUAACGACUUAAAAGCACCAUAUUGCAGCAGGAGCAGUAAAACGGCAGAUAUGAAAUGUGCACCCAAUAGUAAAAGUUGGCUGUAAACACCUAGUGCCUGUAUUUGCAAAGCACAAUGAGAUCCUGGAAGUAAAAUGUUGGUAAAGCUUUUGUAACAAAUGCUACAGAGUGAGAAGUUCAAAGGCUGGUGGAACAGAAUGUGUGGAGUAGAAUUUUCGUAGGUGCUGCCUGACUUUGCUUGGAAUUUACAGAUUUAAUCUCAUGUGGAGACAAGGUCCAAAGCAGAUACGCCUCCUCCCACUCUUAAUAAUCACUGUGCAUGCUAAGGUACGCUGUUAGUUGUUUGAUUGCUGCCAGUUAAAAAAGAAAGUCACCUCACCUGUGUGCAAUAUCUGGAUAUGUAACAUGGCCCCUAGAGGACCCCAGGUUCUAGCUCUGAUUCACACAUUACACUGGGUACAAGUGAGAAGCAUAGAUUCUACUUCCUCAUACAAUGACUUUCCCCCUCCAACCUCCUCUUUGUCUUUCAGGAAAGCUCUGAAUGUCUGCCACAGAAACACAGGGUUUUGCAGGGGGUUCUGUGGUUGUUCUAAGCACACUCACUUUAUGCUGGACACUCACCAGACAUGUUGUGCAGCAUCACUGAUGCUAUGCAUGGACUGGAUAUUUUCUGGGAUGCACUUAACACUUGGAUAUGGUACUCUGGAGAAGAGAUAAUUAAGAAGUGAUAUGAUAAACUAGCUUUAAAUAUCUGAAGGGCUAUUGCAUAUUAUAGGUAAUAGAGCAAAUGUGUUUUCUGUUGCUCCAGAGGGCUGGGUAUAAACCAUUGGUUUCAAAUGACAAGUCAAAGGAUUUAGAAUGAAAAUUACCGUAGGCAGACCUUCCUGGUGGUAAAAGCUGUUUGGCAGAGGGACAGAGUGACUUAGAAGGUGGGAUGCACUUCAUUAGAGGUUUUUAAGCAGAGGCCUGCGUUGGCAAAGGGUUGGACUAGCUGCCCUUUGAAAUCCCUCCUAACUCCAUGUCCCUGUGAUCUUACCAUAUUGCAGGAAGAUACCAGUCAUAAGGAGACAAACGAUCCUCAGAGAAGCUUGUCUGUUAUCAUUGAUCAUUUUCCUGAGGAACCCCUGAUAGAUUUCCCUAGAGCCCAGUUUGAAAACCGCUGCCCUAGCAUGUGGGAUGAGUGUACCAUGGAAACCUGCUCCCAGGAACCACAGUUGAACAUGUUUGCCCAAUGCACAUUUGCAGGUUAUGCACAGGGCCUAAACAUUUUGCUGCCUGAGGUAGAACAGCAAAUGGUGCUUCCCUCCUCAAGUCAGUGUUCACAGUACCCAAGGUUGGCCCAGUUGUUUUGGCCCCUGAGUCAGAAAAUGCUAAAUUCAGUAACUAACAAUUCUUUCCUUUUCAUGGCACCCAAAACCAGCUGCUUGAGGCAGACACCUCAGUCUUCCUAAUGGUAGGGCUGGCCCAGGUGUUGCAUGAGGUAAAAAAAAUGAUGUGCGGUGUGUAACUUGCAUGUUACAUGUUAGCUGCAGGUGCAUGCUGAACUUUGUAUGCUGUUGUGAGAAGCAUCCCUUAGGAAACACCUAAGUAACAGUGUUGCUUCUGUGAGCCAAUUAUGUAAUAAUUGUAAUUAGCCAUAGUAAAUAGUUCAGAGAAGUGAAAGUUGCCUUCAGAGGAUAACAUAGUCGAGUCAAAAGAUCACCAUUAUAAUCAAGAGCAUCAUUUAAAACAUUUAAUCUUUGAUUAGGCAGUGUGUUGAGUUGCAAGAGCUUAGUGAGUUGUUUCGCUUAGAGAAUUGACAGAAUUGAUAGUUUUCAUGAUUUCUUCCAACUUCCGUAUGAAAUCUUUUGUUUUACGCACACCAGAUGUGAUAGCCCAAGCUGACAAAUGACCAGAUUUUUUUAUUUGUAUUCUCCAGACAAUGAUUCAAGGGUGCUAUGUAUAUUUUGCUGCAUAAACUGGCCCAUUCAUGCAUAGUCAAUUUCCAUAAUGAGCUGGGCACCAUCUAGUGAUUGCUGCUUUACCGUUAAGAGAGUGAGUAUAGGUGUUGCAUGCAAAAUACAUGUAUUUAUGGGUCGCAUAUAAAAUACAGUGAUGUUGUGGGAGUACCUGUUAGGGGGAGCACCAUGCUCUUGACUUUGGAACAUCACUUGGGCCUCAGAAUGGAGCAAGGCAUUCUUUCAGUCUCAUCCCUGGUCUCUGUUUCUAGGCACCCGGCUGAGCUCCAGAGAAAUCCUCUUUUGCUUUACUGCCUCACCCCAGAUGACACCAGCUUCCUGCUGUCCCCACAGAUCCCUCAUGACUACCCUAUUCUGUUUUGCAACUGAUUAACCAGCAAGCAGCCUUUGUACAAAAAUCCGGAGGCUUUCCAGCUUUCUUUCUUGGAUUUUCUCUGGAUCUGCAACUGGAUCUGUAAAUGUUAUGUUCAGUCACAUUUUAAGGAAGUUGGAUAAUUACUUUCUCUCAUCUUAUCCUGCCUAAGCCUUAAGGAAUCAGGGAAGAGAGGCACUGCAUGGAAUUAGCUCACUAGAUUUGCACAGAUGGCGAUAUUGUGGACAUGUAUACCUCUGAGAGAUCUUCUUGGACAAGAUACCUUAGUUUAAGACCUGUUUGGGACCAUAUGAAAAGAGGCUACCAGUCAUGAGUUCUGAUGCUGAGCAGGAUGCUGCUAUCAAACUUGCCAGAGAACGAGCUGACAUAGUUGCCAAGUAUGACAGAGGCCGUGAAGGUGUGCAGAUUGAGCCUUGGGAAGAUGCAGACUACCACCUUUACAAAGUUACUGACAGAUUUGGUUUCCUGCACCAAGAGGAGUUACCUGUCCAUGAUGCAGCAACAGAGAGGCAAAAGCAGCUUGAAAUUGAAAGAACUACAAAAUGGCUGAAGAUGUUGAAAAGCUGGGAGAAAUACAAGAACACAGAAAAGUUUCAUAGGAGAAUUUAUAAAGGAAUUCCACUGCAGCUGAGAGGUGAAGUCUGGUCUUUGUUGCUUGAUGUCCCUAAAAUGAAAGAAGAAAUGAAAGACUAUUAUAAUACCUUAAAAACCCAAGCAAGAGGUACCUCACCAGAUAUCAGGCAGAUUGACCUUGAUGUAAAUCGGACAUACCGGGAUCAUAUCAUGUUUAGAGACCGAUAUGGAGUUAAACAGCAAGCUUUAUUCCAUGUUUUAGCUGCAUAUUCUGUGUAUAAUACGGAAGUUGGAUAUUGUCAGGGAAUGAGCCACAUCACAGCUUUACUUCUUAUGUAUAUGAAUGAAGAAGAUGCCUUCUGGGCCCUGGUGAAACUCUUCUCAGGACCCAAGCAUGCUAUGCAUGGUUUUUAUAUUCCGGGUUUUCCCAAGCUGUUGAGAUUUCAAGAGCAUCACGAGAAAAUAAUGAAGAAAUUUUUGUCUAAGCUUAAGCAGCAUUUUGACUCCCAGGAAGUCAACACUACGUUUUACACAAUGAAAUGGUUUUUCCAGUGUUUCCUUGACCGUACUCCCUUUACGUUAACCCUCAGGAUCUGGGAUAUCUACAUACUUGAAGGAGAACGGGUUCUCACUGCGAUGUCUUAUACCAUUUUGAAACUGCACAGAAAACACCUGAUGAAAUUGCAAAUGGAAGAACUCGUGCAAUUUCUUCAGGAGACCCUCGCCAAAGAUUUCUUCUUUGAAGAUGACUUUGUAGUAGAUCAGCUCCAGAGUUCCAUGGCGGAGCUGAAACGAGCCAAGUUGGACCUGCCAGCAGCAGGUAAAGAUGACGAACUUCCAAAGAAGAUAGGGAAAGUUCCGCCCGAAUCUCAGCCUGCCAUGCUUAAUCUUACUCAUCUGGUCAAUGGGCAGAGCGGCACUAGUGGAGCAAGCAAUGGCCGGGCUAGCCAGAGGGGAGGACGCAGAGCAUCUGUAGAGAGAGGCCAAGAAAGCUCACCGGGCCACCGGAGGAGAAAGGAUUCACUGGAAAGGAGACAGCAAAAGCCUGCAACGGCUAAUGUGCGGAGUGGGUUGCUGAAGCAUGACUUGGAGAGCCCCAGGAAAAAACCUGAAGUUCAGCCAGAGUCUGACUCCAAGCAAAAUUCUAAUGCAUCUGCGAACCAAAAUUCCAACGCUGCUUUAAAUACAGGGAAGGAAUUUGUGCCCAGGUGGAUUAAGCCUUCGGACGUCAAAAUCAUCGAGAAGACUGCAAAGCUGACCAUGGAGAUCAAGAUUCGAUCUGCAAACCAUGCCGGUUCGGGAAUGCCACCGAGUCCUGGGCCUGAGGGACAGGCAUUCAACGUGAAGCAAAAGAUCAGGGCUUUGGAUGUCGAUGAGGGUAAGCGAGAGUCAAAUGCGUCGCAGUAUGACAAUGUGCCUGGUGGUGACCCAGAGAACGACAAUUCUGUGGAAGAGGUGCUAGAAAGGGCAAUCCUGCAAAGUCCGAGGAACACAGCUUACUCCCUCGGUUCAAGAAAGUCGACAGAGAAAACAUCUAGUCCACCAAAAAUAUCCAACAGUUAUGCCUUCAACUCACAACCAAGAGCCCCCAGAUUCUCUUCCCAGUCUGAUGGGGCAGAUAUUGGACAUAACAUCAAGCCGCCGCCACCAUCUUACAGUAACCCACCUGUUUACCACGGAAAUUCCCCAAAGCAUGUUACCGACAUGGUUCAUUCCAGCUUCAUAGCCACACAGUAUAAUUACGGGAAUCAAACCGGCUCUCCCAGCCGGCCAUAUGUCCCUGAACUUCCAACAGAGAUGUUUACUGAUAGACCACAUAGAAAUUAUGCUGUCAACCACCAACAUGUGGUCGUGACUCCUUCUAGUCGAAUUGAAGUCCUCCCAGUUGACACUUAUGCAAGCAAACCUAAGUCGCCCAACGCCACCAGAUUUGUAAUCCCCCCAGCAGAUUAUUUCCCAGACAAUAGAAAGUGGCCUGAUCCUUACAAGCAGUCCUGGAGCCAAGAUGGUAGCCGAAGCCACUUGGCUAACUUGAGGAGAUACCCGCCUUUUCAGUCGACACCUGUGAAAGAACAUAAUCUCUCCACCAUUUCAGUGGACAGCCCUAUAAGAUACAGGACUUCCCCACACUCUGAAGAGCUCGGCUUGCCACACUACCAGUAUCCUAGUUCCCCAAGCCCUGCACACCACUACAGACACCAGACUGAUGGGUUGUCCAUGCAUGAAUCAGUCCUGCUUUGAGAAACGACACGUGCUCACCUGGAAGACCAGGGGAGGAGCAUGCAAUAGUUGCACGUCUGGGGUUGGUGGUCAUCCAAGAUUCAUGAUCUUCAUACAGGACAAUUCAGAUAAAGGCAUAUGCAAACUGACACUAUUUCACAGCUGUGUUAAAUGUUGACGAAAGCUGAAAGUGAGCAUUGAAAACAGGCGAAAAGGUUGGAUUCUCAUAAACAUAGCAAUAGGCUUGUAUGUUCAGCGUGACUACCAUGGUGGUUGUUUGUUACGUUCGUGUAGCUAAUUGAGCAAAUGACCUUGUUGCCUAAAACCUCAGUAAGCUGCUUUUUGACCUGACACUACAAUCAAUUGUGUGUUCACGUGUGGCAACGGAAUUACAGAGUCUAAAAUGGAGGCGUGUGUAUUCAUGGACUGCACCCACAAAGUACUUUUUUAUUUCUUUUCUCCUUUUUUGGUUAAUUUAUAAACCAUCCCAUUCACUUGGGAUGGGGGUUUCUUGACAUUCUUCUCUACAUUGUCUCAGUAACCCAGGAGUGAGCAUUCUGGGUUAUCCAGAGUAGAGAUGCUACUGCCUAUGGCUCACAUAGAAAGGAGAAGGUUUGACACCCAAAGCAAAGGCGUUCUGAUACAGCCAAUAAAUGGUGCUUAUUCUAUCAGGACUGUCUGCGAAUUGUAGCAUGUGUCUAGGAUGUCGGUGGUAUUUGAGCCCGCCUCCACAUUUGCAUAUCCAAAGGCAGUUCUGCAUUGUGUUAGGUCUUCAUUUUUAAAUCUCAAAUGUGUGUUUUGAUGGGGGGGAGGGCAGAGGUGCAAUCAAAUAGAAUAUGUGCAUCAUUCGCACACAGAACUGCUAAUAUACCAUGAGUGUCAGUGACUACAGAAGGCUUGCACAGAGAUUUGGAACUUAUGCUUGGCAAAUGAUGGGUUUGUGCUGGUCCACGCCACUCUUGCCUGCCUUGUGAGUGCUGGAUUUCACGUUUGCAUCUGGACCUACUCACACGGAGUCCAAUGCAUGUUGGUCCAAACCCUAGGAUCCGUACCCUUCAAAUGUGAUGGCUUGCAGAGCACAUGCUUCGGUUCCAUGUGGGCCAGGCACUGUGUGCGUGCAACCUGAUGCAAACACGAAAGCCAGCAUGUCAGCUGCAGGUGGGAGUGAGCAGGCUGCAAUGUGGUCUCCUCCUCCUGCGUCACACAUAUGUUCUGUACACCCACAGAGGGCUGCCUGGAAUGCAGCCAGAAAGCAACUUUUGUUUAAUGGGUUCAUUAAGUGAGUUGCUUUUGACCAGGGUGGCUGCAUUUCAGGGCUUUCUGUAAAUACACAAAAGUGCAACACGGAACAGUGUUUAACGGAAAGAUUAAAAGGUGUCUUUUAAGCGCCACUCUUUCCUAGAGAUGGCCUUUCCCUUCAUCAGCCCCGACAAAGAGGUUUUGAUCCCUUGAAAAGCAUCGGCUAUUCCUGUAAUAAUAAGAGUUUUGUCUUUUCAGAACCAACUCUGAGAAACCAAGACGCUUUUAUCACUCUUUGUCGCGUACACCAUUGAUGUUGCCUUUUGUGUCUGGCUGCCCAUCACAUCCAGUGUUCUUUUGAGUGUACCACAGGCACAGGCUUCCAGGAAUGCCUAUUAAUCUUCACUGUGGCUUAACCAGAGGGUGUUUCUGGUGGGCCGUGAAAAAAUAUAUACCUCCAUAACUGGUGAUCCACCAAAGUCAGGGCAGCAUACGGGCUGUAGAUUGUAGCCUACCAGGCACCUACUUUUCCCUUCCUUCUCUUUUCACCCACAUCAACACCCACAUUGGAUCGUGUUCUUGCUGUCCCAGCAAGUUGCUGUAAACAAUAGGCUCCUUGAGCCUUUGGAGGGUUGAAUUUGACUUGGUGAGCUGCGGGUUGUGCAGGCCUGUUUCAGAACCCGUCUCGGGUGCACUUCGAAACACAAAUCUUCCAUGUUCAAAUCAUAGCCUGCCCUUUCCUUCUGUGAAGACAGAAAUGCACAGUUAUGAUUUGGGAACAUCGGCACCAAAGGUGGCCGGUUCAUAUCCCAGCAGGGUUUUGUGAUGGCCUCGGAAACGUUUCAGCCGUUCCCCCCCCCCAACCUCAAUUUGUAAUCCUGUGUAUCUGGCACCCCCUCGCUCCUUUGCUUCCUUGUCAGUUCCCACAAUGUGCUUGAGCAUCUUGUUUUUCUUGAGAGCAAUAGACUUUUAUGCCCUUGAUUGGGCUAGCGCUGCUGUACCAUUAGGCCCUUAAGAGAUGAUUGUAGGUAUAAAGUUUAAUGCCGAAGUGCUCCCUCAUUGUUAAUAGGAAGCCAGCAAAUUCAUUGUAGCAAAAUGCUUUGCAAUCAGGGCCUGCAACCUUGUGUGGGUGGGUAUGUAUGUUGCUUUUUCCCUCCACUCCCAUUUUGUUUUGAUUUUUUUUAAAAAAAAUCUUGUAGGGUGGCUGGAAGAGAGCAGGCCAGCAGAACAUCUACAGGGGACUGUCUCCCACUGUUUUGGGUGAAGUGCACAUGGAAUCAGUCCUGUGUGAGCAGCGGCUGCCCUGCUCGGCUCAAAUGUCCGGGAAUGGGCAGCAGUGCAUGUGAAGCCACUACUCUCCCAGUGCUUCACAUGCUCACAUCUUGAGUUCUUCCUCAGGAAAUAAUCAGAGAUCUGAACCUGUGCUAAGCCUCUCCUUCUUCCCAAGCAGAGCUAAUUGCAGUUUUGAUUAGGAUAAAAGUGGCGGUGGGAAGUACCAAACACACCCUUCUCAGCGUGCCCGUUCUGAUUCAAUUCACAUGUGUGUCCUUAGGCUAUGCUGAGCUGUUUUGUUUUUUAAUUGGGAUUUCUGAUCACAGAUCUGCCCUGCUUGUUUUGGUCAUAAGUUGAAGCAAGGGGACCAGUGCCCAUGGUCUAAUCCAGAGGUAGCCAGCCUAGGGUCCUUCAGAUGUUGUGGACAGCUGGGCUGAGGCUCAUGGGAGCUGGAGUCCAAUCACUCCUGGCCGAAUCCCAUUUUUGAGCUGACCUGUUCAGUUAUGUCUGCACUCUGGAGGCUCUGUCCUCUCACACACUAAACCAUGGGGUUGAUGUCACCCUUCACUCCUGCCCACAGACACAAGAGUGACAAUGAACCUGGAAGAGACCCAAAGCCGAUCCAGCAAAUGCCUCCAGCCCCUCUAAUCCCUCAGUGGUUAAAAGAUGUGCAAACCUACUGCACACAUGUCUCCGUUUUGCCAUUCCCCUUCCCUGUAUGGCUGCUGUACAGUUUGACCCAAGCUCUGGAACCAAACUCCCUGGCUUACAGUUCUUCCCACAUCUGGCUAAAAUGUUGGAUGGAAGUAUUUUAGAGUAUUCUGUUCUAGUUGAAAACAAACAAAACACUGGUAGUCUCCAGGUUUCAAAAGACUAGGUCCUCUCUUCCUUUAUCCAUGAAGUUAUGGUUGUGUUCCCCCCCCCGAAGGUGUAUCUGGCUGCACUGAUGGCGAAGACUUAGAACAGGCUUCCUCAACCUCAGCCCCCCAGAUGUUUUGAGACUACAAUUCCCAUCAUCACUUGCCCUGCUAGCUAGGGAUCAUGGGAGUUGUAGGCUAAAAACAUCUGGAGGGCCGAGGUUGAGGAAGCCUGACUUAGAAGUAGUAGCGUGUUAUUAUCCCCCCCUUUUUUCUAAAUUGGGUUUGUACCACUUGUGACCCAUACGGCUAAUUACAGCCUGCCCAGACGAUUAUCAGCCUCUCUAAUUGUGCAGGCCCAGGCGGGCAGCAAAAGAAACCCAGCGGGAUUAUUGCGCCCUGUCUGGGCCCCCAUGUAUAUUUGUUGGGCUCCAUUGGGCUGGUGGGUCAUGAGUCGUUCAAGCUCCCCCCCCCCCCUUAAGCAAUGUGCUAUUGUGCCUAUGCUCGCUGCAGGUUGGCGCUGCUAAUGUGUUGACGGUACCGAAGUUUUUAAAAAGAAAAGGAGG